AUGGGGCCCUUUUGGGGGAGUGAAAUUGGACAGCAUCCCUAAGCUUUCCGAACUCGAAGCGCGAGGAUAGCUCUUUGCCUAGCUAUACCGCUCAUACCACUGUGCUGUUGCUCCAUUUCAUCGGUGCCAUUCGCCUGGCUGGAGCAAUUGUGGUUGACUGCCUGUUUGCUGCAAAGUCACUCGCUACUGUCCCAAUCUCCCUGUCAUCUCCUUGCGAGACGAAGGUUCUGUCAACGUGCACCCCCCUCCCCCAAUCGGUUUAAAGAAAGCACGCAGUGGCAAGCAGAGAAAAGCAAAGACACGAACGCACACAUCAAAAACCACCAUGGCGGACCGAGACCAGGUGUCAGGCCCCCUACCCGUCAUUAUCAUUGGCGCGGGCGUCAGCGGCCUGCUGCUGGCGCAGUACCUGCGCAAGAUAAACGUCCCCUUCCGCAUCUACGAGCGCGACGCGGACCUCACCACCCGCGGCGUCGGCUGGGGCUUGACUCUUCACUGGUCGCUACCGGCGCUGCGGUCCCUGCUGCCCGAAGACUUGGUUGCCCGGCUGCCGGAGGCCUACGUCGACCGCGCCGCCGUGGCAAGGGGAGAGACCUCGGCGUUCCCCUUCUUCGAUCUCAGCACUGGCGAGCUCAAGGGCGCAAGUCCCCGCGCGCCAGAGAGUUUGAGAAUCAGAGUCACGAGGGAGAGGCUAAGGCGGUUAAUUGCAACCGAUGUCGAUAUCCAGUGGGAAAAGAGCUUCAUAAGGUACGAAGAGAAGCAGGACUCGGUCGAUGUUCUCUUCGAAGAUGGUUCAUCGGUGACCGGCCGCAUUCUUGUUGCAUGCGACGGUGGCCCAUCUCGUAUCCGACGCCAGUUGUUCCCGGACCAGCACGAGAGAUACCAGAUCCCGGUCCGAGUGCUCGGGCUGAAAGUGUUCCUGUCGCCUGACCAGAUGGCACCAAUCCGAAAGCUCGACCCCUUCUUCCUUCAAGGGACGUCGUCUCGCAACGACACGUUUCUCUAUCUCAGCAUGCUUGAUGCCCCAGGGAACAACGAUGGGAGCACGGAGCAAUACAGCUGCCAGAUGUGCAUAUCUUGGCCGGAUCGACCGGGGUUCUUGGGCAAACAGGAACCGACGGGUUGUCCUCAGACGAAUGCCGGCAAGAUCGAGCUCAUCAAGUCGUUUGCCGAGGGAUGGUCGGAGCCGUUUCGUGGGCUUGCACUCGGAAUCCCUGAUGACACCGACGUGAAACAGCUUGACCUCUACGACUACCCUCCGCCAAAGGGACUGAGGUCCAAAGGAAGAGUGUUGUUGAUGGGCGACGCCUUCCAUGCCAUGGCGAUGUACAGAGGUGAGGGCGCCAACCACGCUAUUGUCGAUGUCCUAGACUUCGCAGAGAACGUGACGCCCAAGCUAGACGCUGGCUUCGCAGAUGUACGAACUGCCAUCGAUGCCUACGAGGAUGAAGUCGUUACCAGAGCCCGAUCUGGCGUGUUAGCUUCGAGACGGGCCUGCAUGGAUGCGCACGAUUGGCCCAAAAUAAGCCCUACGAGCCCCCUGCUGAGCAAGCGGGAAAUGAAGUUGCACUUUGAUGAGGAGUGAUGUUAUCGUAAGGUAUAGAAUAGAUUAUCUAUUAAUUGAGGAAGAUUGAGAUCGGGGAC